AUGCCGCGCGCGGGGGUCCGCGAGCUGGCGGGGGGGGGCCCUCGUUCCCCCGGGACCGGGGCGGGCGCAGAGCGCCGCCGGGGCGGGGGGCUCCGAGGGGCGCGGCGGGGUUGCGCCGUGCCGGUGGUACCGCCGGGCGGGGCGGCUGGUCUGUACGAGCUGCUGGCUGCAUUGCCAGCCCAGCUGCAGCCACAUGUGGACAGCCAGGAAGACCUGACCUUCCUCUGGGAUAUGUUUGGUGAAAAAAGCCUUCAUUCACUGGUGAAGAUUCAUGAAAAACUGCAUUAUUAUGAAAAACAGAACCCGGUGCCCAUACUCCAUAGUGCAGCAGCCUUGGCAGAUGAUCUGGCUGAGGAGCUGCAGAGCAAACCACUGAGCAGUGAGAUCAGAGAACUGUUGAAACUCCUCUCAAAACCCAAUCUCAAGGCUUUGCUCUCUGUACAUGAUACUGUUGCUCAGAAGAACUACGAUCCUGUCUUGCCCCCCAUGCCUGAUGAUAUUGAUGAGGAAGAAGAUUCAGUUAAAAUAAUCAGGCUCGUCAAAAACAGGGAACCAUUGGGGGCUACUAUUAAAAGGGAUGAACAUACUGGUGCAAUUGUGGUGGCCAGGAUAAUGCGUGGAGGAGCUGCAGAUAGAAGUGGUCUUAUUCACGUUGGUGAUGAACUGAGGGAAGUCAAUGGGAUUCCCGUAGAUGAUAAAAGACCUGAAGAAAUAAUACACAUUUUGGCUCAGUCUCAAGGAGCAAUUACAUUUAAAAUUAUACCUAGUGUGAAGGAAGAAAUGCCAGUGAAGGAAGGCAAGAUGUUUAUCAGAGCCCUAUUUGACUAUGAUCCUAAUGAGGAUAAAGCAAUUCCUUGUAAAGAAGCUGGACUUGCUUUCAGAAAAGGAGAUAUCCUUCAGAUCAUGAGCCAGGAUGAUGCAACCUGGUGGCAGGCCAAACAUGAAGGUGAUGCCAAUCCCAGAGCAGGCUUGAUCCCUUCAAAGCAUUUCCAGGAGAGGAGAUUUGCACUAAGAAGACCAGAAGUGCAGAUUCAGCCACUGAAAAUUUCCAACAGAAAAUCAUAUGAGGAAGCGGUUGAGUGUGAGGAAAUUGAAGAAGAUGCUGAAUGUGCUGGUCACAACAGUGGAUCCUAUCUAGCUGGUUUUAGAAGAAGCUUUCGUCUUAGCAGAAAAGAUAAAAAAACAAACAAAUCUAUGUAUGAGUGCAAGAAGAGUGAUCAGUAUGAUACAGCAGAUAUCCCAACAUAUGAAGAAGUUGCAAAAUAUAGACGACAACCUAAUGACAAAUACAGGCUUGUAGUUUUGGUUGGUCCUGUGGGGGUUGGACUGAAUGAACUUAAACGGAAAUUGCUCAUCAGUGACACCCAGCAUUACGGGGUAACAGUGCCACACACUACCCGACCAAGGAGAAGCCAAGAAAGUGACGGUGUCGAAUACAUUUUCAUUUCCAAGCACUUGUUUGAGACAGACGUACAGAAUAACAAGUUUAUCGAGUACGGCGAGUAUAAGAACAACUACUAUGGUACAAGUUUAGAUUCUGUUCGAUCCGUUCUAGCUAAAAACAAAGUUUGUUUGUUGGAUGUGCAGCCUCAUACAGUGAAACACUUACGGACAUACGAAUUUAAACCGUUUGUUACAUUCAUAAAGCCUCCGUCACUUGACCGUUUGAGAGAGACCAGAAAAAAUGCCAAGAUUAUUUCAAGUAAAGAUGAUAAGGGAACUGCAAAACCCUUUACAGAAGAAGAUUUUCAAGAAAUGAUUAAAUCUGCCCACCUGAUGGAAAGCCAGUAUGGCCACCUUUUUGACAAGGUGAUAGUCAACGAUGACCUCGCUACAGCUUACAGUGAGCUUAAAACAACUUUUGACAGGUUGGAGACCGAGACCUUCUGGGUUCCCGUCAGCUGGCUACAUUCAUAAUAACGUUUUAAGUAGACAAAACAUCUGCUGUUGUCUCAGUAUCUAAAUAUGGGGCAUGGUU